GGGGUGCAGAUUUGAUCUCCUCUUGCGAUGCUACAAGCUCGAUCACACAUGAAUCACGCGUUUUUCUCAGUCUCCCUCGCUCGCUCGCUCGCUCGCUACAAAAGAAGUUCAGGAGUUCUAACCCAGUUACAGUCUUUUUUCUACAAAAUAUGGUUGUUUCUUGUCGUCUAUUCGGUUCGGUCUCCAGGGAUUUUAGAUUCUCCCCCCAUCCAACAAAGAACUUCAUCUUAGUUCCUUCAAAUCUUCCUUCCAAAUGCCAUCUCAGAUUCAAUCCCAGACUCAAAUUUCAUUUGUUCCAUAUCUUCUUCGCCAAUAACAGACCCAAAUCCCCCGUGAAAUCCCUCCACCAUGCUAAUCCCUCUAGUCACAACCAAAUUCAAUCCAUGUUCACCGGAAUUGUUGAAGAGAUGGGCGAAAUCAGUCAACUGGGUUUGACCGAGAAUGGCGGAUUUGAGAUGACGAUCUCUGCAAAAACAGUUCUUGAAGAUGUCAAUCUUGGAGACAGCAUUGCCGUCAAUGGCACCUGCCUCACAGUCACCCAAUUCGACAAGGAAGCAUCAGAAUUCUCGGUGGGCCUCUCACCUGAGACCCUCCGGAAAACCUCACUCAUUGAGCUUGUUCCCGGCUCGCUCGUCAAUCUGGAACGAGCCCUCCAACCGUCUACUCGAAUGGGUGGGCAUUUCGUUCAGGGCCACGUUGAUGGAACUGGUGAGAUUAUUUCCACGGAGCCUGAAGGAGACUCCCUCUGGGUGAAGGUGAAAACGUCACCUGAGUUGUUGAAGUUCAUCGUGCCGAAAGGGUUUAUAGCGGUGGAUGGGACAAGCUUGACCGUGGUUAAUGUGUUUGAUGAGGAGGAUUGCUUUAAUUUCAUGUUGGUUGCUUACACGCAGCAGAAGGUAGUGAUUCCUCUGAAGAAGGUCGGACAGAAAGUGAAUUUGGAGGUGGAUAUACUUGGGAAGUACGUGGAGAGACUUCUUAAAAUUGGAUUCCCAAGCUCCAUUGCAUCUCCAUGACCCAAGCUGCAUAUCUCUGGAAAGGGCUUGAUUGAACGCCAAGUGCUUCUCAUUCUUCAAUGUCUGCAAUGCUCUUCCUGGGUUCAGUCGCCUGUUCUGGAAAGGCUUAAUUUCUAGCCUUCCAGCCAGAACCACCGUCUACAUUAACUUGGUGAUUUGGAGUUGUGUCAAUUUCUAUGUUAAGUGAUUGUAAGGGUGUCAAUGGACUGGUUUUGGAGUCCAAAAUC